GCUGGCGGCCGUGGCGGGGUCCCCCCGGGAGCCGCUGGUCCGGCGCUUCCUGGAGGCCGCGGUGGCGGCGAGCCCCGAGCUGGGCUACGAGAGGAGGGGGAUGGGAGAGAGGGGCUUCGGGGACAGCGACAUCACGCAGUUGGUGGCCGCGGGGCUGCUCACCGUGCGCGACGCCGGCAGCUGGUGGCUGGCGGUGCCGGGGGCGGGGCGCUUCGUGCGGGCGCUGCUGCGGGGCCGCCGGGCCGUGCUGUCCCUGGUGCGGCGCUCGCGGCUCCGCCAGGUCCCGCUGCGGGAGCUGCAGCGGCUCCGAGCCCCCCCGGGCGCCGCGCUGGGGGUCCCGUUCCUGCUGCACGACCUGCUGGGGGAGGGGCGGCUGCAGCGGUGAGUGACCCUGGGUGACCGAUGGGUGACCAGUGAG